AUUGUAUUUUAAAGUAAAAUCUUAGAUUGCUUCAGAAUUAUUAUUGCGCGACGGCAAUCAUAUCAGUCCAAGAAAAACAACAGAAAUAAGGGUCCGUGAUGUUACAUCCAUGCCCAUUUGUGCUAUUAUCGGGCUCUUUCAAACAGUCUUCUAAACUGAAGAGGUUUACAUCUUAAGCUUAGAUGAAAAUUUUAAUUUAAGUAAAAUCUUAGAUUUGCAAUAGCAUUAUUAUUGUAUGACCAUCAUCAUGUGCCGUAUUCCUGUUUAUUCAUUUAAUAUGACAGUAAUUUAUUGAACCUACUAACUCUCAAAAUAACCUGGUGAAAUAUAUGGUAACAACAAGAAAACCCAAGAGUCUUAGUUCCAAAUCAAACAUGCCUCUUCAUUUCCUCACCUAUAUGAAGUUGGAUGAGGAAUUUUGAGCUGCCAUUGAUAAUGGCUUUUGCAUUAAAAGGCUCAUCUGUUGCAACAGUAAUAGCAAAAAAAAACCUAAUAGAAUCUCUCAGGGAUUACUUUCUGCUGCAUAGAACUCCCCAGUCAAUAAGUGAUUACAAUUAAGCAAGCCAGAAUAUGCUCAAAUUUUAACAUUAAAUAUUAUAAAGUACAUAAAGAAAGAAAUUUGUCCAUGACAUUAAAAUUUUAGAAUAAUGUCUCCGUGUAUAACGUGAGUAGCACGAUGAUAAGAAGAACAAAAGUAUAAAUGAGCCAUGAUAAAUAACUUCCUUGAACAGUAAAAAAUUAAAGAAAACGUAGCAGGGUCAAAGUUGACAGGUAAUCAAUCAAUGAAAUAUGAGAACAGAUGGGGGAAAACAUAAUUAUGAAAUAAUUAGGAAAGAUGAGAGCUGGAAAACAGAUAUCCACAUGAUUAGAAAAUAAUUUCAUAGGGGCAGUCGUGUCUUUCCAUCCAAAUCUCCUUCAGAGAAGGAAAAGAAAAAAAUAUACAAAGUCCCCUCCCUUUCUUGGAGGGAAGAAGGCAGCCAAGCAACGGUCACAUUUUUGGUGUGUUAGCCUUGUGAAGGCGCGGGCCUCAUCAGUUUUGGAUUUUGUCUGCAGGCAGUCACGAGCGAAUGUUCCAUCCCACAUUCCAUUCCCUUUCCCAACACCUCUCUCUCUCUCUCUCUCUCUCAUAUCUUUUCUCCAAACUUGAUUCAAUAUCCCAAUUCUCCAACAGUUGUAGCUCCCAAGUCCAUGGCUUCUGCCUCCAAGUCUUCACUCUCUUCCAUCACCCAUUCCCAUCUCGACAACAGACUAGACUUAGACUCCAUUCUGUCCAUAGUAUCAUUGGUUAAUCUCCACAUUCGCCGCUUCCUCUCCGACCCUGCUGCUAGGAAGUCUCUCCAGCUCAUAUGCAACUCAAGUCUUACCAUAUCCGACCAUGGUUGCUUUGAAUUCUCCGAGCAAUCAGUCCUUUCGAACCUAUACUGGGGAAUUGAGAACAUUGAGCUUGCAAUCCAGUCCAAUUGCCAAGAAGAAAGGAAUUCUUGGCUUGCGAAAUCCGAGCAGAUGUUACAGGUACCAGCAUCUCUAGAGGAGGAUGGGAGCACGGCUGGAAUCGAGAACCGAUACAUAGUUUGUUGCUCCUACUUCUACCUCUCAUUGGUUCAGAAGCUUAGGGGGGAUGGGUGGCAGAUGACCAUGCACUUCCUCCAGUCAGUGUUAGUCUUCCCUCAGCUGGUUCGAAGAGAGCUUGCACCGGUCUUGUGGCGAAGACUUUUUGGCUCUCUGAUGACAAUUGAAGAUACCGAGGAAGCGGUGGAUGAGGCGGCGAAGCAGCAGGGGAGAAGGUACAAGGAUUGGUUGAUGUACUUUCAGGUGGUUUCAUAUGGGGAGACUCCUCCACAGAUUAAGGGAUGCUCGUUGGUCGAUACCUGUAGCAGGGAAGCAGAGAAUCAACAGUACACAAAUUUUGCAAGCACGAAAUGGUUUAACUACCUUGAACAAGCACCUACCUGGGCAAGUUUUCAGAUGGCUCAGAUGGUAUAUCAACCUAAAGAAAUUAUAGAUAUAAAAAAAAAUAAAGCCUCCACGGCCAAUUCAAAGGAAAGUGAAGAUUUUACCAAACCCAAAAAUGUAAACUCUCUUGUGACAAAUCUGGAUAAGAGUUUUCAUGAAGAAAUUAAGGAAAGCUUUGACAUCAGAUGCCUCCAAGAGAUGCUAGAAGAGUCUCAGUCAGAUUCACCAGUUUCCUUUUAUUCACACGUUGAUUCUACAGAAACAAGUGAUUCAGAGAUGAGAAUGCAGGGUAAAGAAAGUCCAGAAAAGAUUCUGUCAACAGAUGCAGAUCUUUCAGCAUCCAAUCAUGGUGAAAGGAACUACCAACCUGGUUAUUCAUCUCCUCAGUGUCUAGAGUUAUAUGCUCCUGAUUCUCCAAGCUAUUCAAUGAAUCUGGAAGUCUGCGAAGCAAAUGCAAAUUGUCUAUUAUCUAGCAGAUCACAUAGUUCACUUAAUGAUUUAAGAUUUUCAAUCUUGGAUCGGAGAGAUGGGGAGACAUGCCCAUUUUCCUAUUGUUCUGUAGAAGAUGGGACACCUUCAGGAAGUUCACCACCGCAAGACUUAAGAUGCUUUAGCAAUUUCUCAUCUAAAUUUAGAAGGAAAUAUAGCAUAUCUGAAGCGGUUCCUCGAGGAAGUUUUGCAAGGAGGAAAAUAAACUUUUCAAACAAUGAGAAAGACCGGAGUGAUGAAAGCUCGAGUUAUAGGAAAGAUAAUCACAUGGAACUGCUGGAAAGAUUUGAAAAGGCAUUUUCAACUCUAUGUUUCUCGGAAGGUCCAGGAAAAUAUGAAGAUGAUGAUUUGGAAGUUACAACUAUAGGGGAAAUAUUCAACACUAAGAAGAAGGUUAAAUAUAGCUCAGUAAAGCAAGGAAUCCUUGACCAAUUACUGGACAUCAUUUCAACUUCUAAAACGGAGAAAGUCAUUAGGGAAUCAGUAUCUAUGCUCUUACUUCUAAUAUCAGAAGACAAAGCAGUUAUAGAAGACAUUAAGAAAAAGGAUUUACUUCUGAAUUAUUUGGCCAAUGCAUUGAAGAGAAAUGUGCAAGAGGCUGCUAUUCUUAUCUAUUUGCUAAAUCCAUCACCUACAGAGAUAAAAGGUCUAGAGCUUCUACCAGCAUUAGUUGAGGUUGCUUGCAACUCAAAUGGUCAGAAGGGGUAUUUGUCACUUACUAUAACACCAACAUCAGCAUCAAUAGCCAUGAUUGAAGUAUUAGUAACUGCCUUUGACUAUGUAACAAAUAACAUGCACUUGGGAGCUAUUAGUUCUCCUCAGAUUCUCUCUAAGCUUGUAAAAGUUGCCAUGAACAAGAAUUUAGAAGAAGGUGUGGCUUUGGCAGCGAUUCUUGUUAGGUGCAUGCGUCUGAACGGGAAUUGCAAAAAGUUUUUGUCACAAGUCACUCCUGUGGAUUCAUUCCUCUAUCUUCUUAGAAGAAAUGAGAAACAUGCCAAAUAUGCUGCACUUGAAUAUUUCCAUGAGAUUCUUCGCAUGCCCAGGUCAUCAGCCAUUCAUUUGCUCCAUCAGAUACGACAGCACAGAAGCUUCAGCAUUAUGCACACGUUAAUGGCGUGUAUCCAACAAGCUGAACCUGAAUAUCGACUUUUGGCAGCAAAUCUUCUGGUUCAAUUGGACAUGCUGGAACAUUCAAGUGGUAACAGUGCAUUCAGAGAAGAGGCAAUUGAAAUCCUAUUAGAGUCAGUUGCAUCAGAAGAAAAUUGCAGCACACAGAUACUGGCAGCAUUUAUUUUUUCAAACCUUGGAGGGACUUAUUCUUGGACAGGGGAACCAUAUACAGCAGCAUGGCUAGUAAAAAGGGCAGGUUUGGCAUCAGUACAUCAUAGGAAUAUGAUCAGAAAAGUUGACUGGUUUGAUCCCUGUCUACAGGACUCCGAAACAAAUGCAUGGAGUGCCAAAACUGCAAAAGAUGUCAUCAAAUUUGGUUGUUCCAUCUUUAAUGCUUUGGCAAGGGGAGUUCAGAGCAAGAUAAAGAGUGUUUCACAUGGCUGUCUUAUAUGCAUUGCAUGGCUUGGAAGUGAAAUGGCAGUUAUGGGUCCAAGUAGCCUCAGAUAUUAUGCCUGUGAGAUUUUGUUAAGUGAAAUAGCACACUUCCUCCAUCCAGGGUCAGAGCUCGAUGAGCGAAUUCUAGCAUGUCUUUGUGUGUACAAUUACACAUCUGGUAAAGGAAAGCAGAAAUUAAUGAACUUCUCAGAAGGUUUACAAGAAUCACUUAGACGUCUCUCAGGUUACACAUGGAUGGCUGAGGAAUUACUAAAAGUUACAGAUUAUUUUCUUCCCACCAAACCACAUGUGUCAUGUGCACAUACACAAACUCUGGAAGUAGGCCAUGUUGGAAGCGGAGCUGCAACUGCUCUUAUUUUCUACAAAGGACAGCUUUGUGCUGGAUACUCAGAUGGCUCGAUUAAAGUCUGGGACAUCAAGGGACAAAGAACAAUGCUCGUAUGGGAGGCCAAGGACCACAAAAGGCCCGUAACCUGCUUAACACUUUUUGAACCAGGGGAUAGCCUUUUAAGUGGAUCCUCUGACAAAACUGUUAGGGUCUGGAAAAUGCUACAAAGGAAGUUAGAAUGUGUUGAAGUUAUAGAGAUGAAGGAUCCCAUUCAAAAAGUAGAAAGUUGUGGUGACAAAAUUCUUGUAAUUACACAGAGCCAUGGUCUCAAGGUCUGCCAUGAAUCAAGAAGCAUCGAGACUACAUGCAAGAAAAAGCAUGUUAAAUGCCUAACAGUUGUCCAGGGAAAAGUUUACCUUGGUUGCACAGAUUCAAGUAUACAGGAAGUAGAUAUAAUGGCAAACUAUAAAACAGAGAUCAGACCGCCUACAAAAAGCUGGAGAAUGCAAAACCAAGCGAUAAACUCUAUUCUGGUCUAUAAAGGAUGGGUUUACCAUGCAGGUGUUGCUGUUGAAGGAUCGAGUAUAAAGGAGUGGAGAAAGUGCUGCCGACCUCAAAUUUCAAUAGCGAUGGAAAGGGGAACAAAUGUGCAAGCCAUGUCAGUAGUGGAGGACUUCAUUUACUUGAACUGCAGCUCAUCGCCAAGUAUUAUUCAGAUUUGGUUGAGAGGAAUGCAACAGAAAGUAGGUAGAUUAGCAGCAGGUAGCAAGAUAACAAGCCUCCUGACAGCAAAUGAUAUUAUCUUUUGUGGUAGUGAAAAUGGGUUGAUCAAGGGCUGGAUUCCUCUCUAAAUACACUGGAACAAUGAAUGUGGGAGCUACAGGUUGUAAAUUUUUCAAUACAACUAGGCAGAGAGAAUGUAGAAAGGAUAGGAUAUUGUGAGUUAAUUCAGUUCACAAGACAUAAAUAGAGUAUUUCAUGACCAGCAAUGCGAAUGAGUGUAAGUGAAAAAAAAGUUGCAGGGUUGCUUUGUUGUUGAUGAAUAAUGGGCAUGCAUUUCUUAAGCUUCAACUGUAUGUGUAUUAAAGCUGAAGAUUGAAAAUGCAGUUGCUUAUAUGUGUAUCAAGGAUGGAUAUUGAAAUAGAAUGGUUUGGCAACUAGACAAGAUAAAACUUAUCUAUCAUGCCUCUGCUUGUUGAGCGAGGAAAUUUUUUUCAUUCAA